AUGGCAAUGAGAACAUUCUAUGAAAAGAUAAACAAAGACACAAAGAAACUUCUUAAGAAAUUUAAUUUACCAGCAAGUGACUUGCACUUUGUUCGUCACUUACGAGAUGUAAUAGAACUAAUAACUUCAUCUUUACUACAUUUAAAGUGCGGUGAGAUUGCAUUGAAUCAUGAAAGGGAUGGGAAAUGUUUGUAUGAAGAAAAUGUUUAA